UUCAGCCCAUGGGCUGCAGCUUGUAGCCUCUUUACGGCCCAACCGGAGCCCUCCCUUGCCCCAGGAUUUCUCCGCUUCCCUCGUCCCCCACCUUGCCGCGCCGUCACACCGCCGCCGCCUCCUCGCCAUGGACACCCCGCCGUCCGCCGCCGCCGCCACCGCCACCGCCGUUGCGUCAGACUCUGAUUGCGACUCCGCGCUCGUCGCCGACGUGGCGGAAGCGCUCGUGUCGGCGUCCCGCCUGCCGGAGCCGCCGCCUAUCCCCGCCCUCCUCGCCCUCUACCUCCCGCGCCUCGCCGCCUCCCACCACCCGCGCGUGCUCUCCCUCGCCGCCUCCCACCCGGGGCUCGCCUCGCCGGACCUGCUCCUCGCCUACCGCCGCCACCUCUCGCCGCCCUCCUGCCUCCCCUCCCUCGUCCCGCUCCUCCCCGUCCUCCCCUACCGCCACCUCCUCCCGCUCCUCCUCUCCUUCGUCCCGCUCGACCCGCUUCGCCACCUCCACCGCCACCUCCUCGCGCACCUCCCCACGAGUCCCCUCGCCGAUGCCGCGCUCUCCGCCUACGCCCGCCUCCGCCUCCCCCACCUCGCCGCCCAGCUCCUCCACUCCCUCCGCCGCCGCCGUGGCGUUCGCCCUUCCCUCCAGGCUGCCAACGCCGUCCUCUCCGCGCUUUCGCGCAGCCCAUCCACCUUGCCGCAGGCCUCCCUCGAUGUCUUCCGCUCCCUCAUCGAGCUCCGCCUCCACCCCAACCACUACACCUUCAACCUCCUCGUCCACACGCAUUGCUCCAAGGGCACCCUCGCCGACGCUCUCGCCACGCUCUCCACCAUGCAGGGGUUCGGCCUCUCCCCCGAUGCCGUCACCUACAACACGCUCCUCAAUGCGCACUGCCGGAAGGGCAUGCUCGGCGAGGCCCGGGCACUGCUGGCGAGGAUGAAGAGGGACGGCAUCGCGCCCACGCAGCCAACGUACAAUACCCUCGUGUCGGCGUUUGCUAGGCUUGGGUGGAUUAAGCAGGCGACCAAGGUCGUGGAGUCCAUGACAGCCUACGGGUUCGAGCCUGACCUGAGGACGUACAAUGUGCUCGCCGUGGGGCUGUGCCAGGCGGGGAAGGUGGACGAGGCAUUCCGGCUGAAGGAUGAGAUGGAACGGCUCAGCACCGCGUUGCCGGAUGUAGUGACUUACAAUACACUUGUUGACGCCUGCUUCAAGUGGCGGUGCUCAUCAGAUGCAUUGAGGCUGCUUGAGGAAAUGCGUGACAAGGGGGUGAAGCCGACUUUGGUCACACAUAACAUUGUUGUGAAGAGUCUUUGCAAGGAGGGUAAAUUGGAGGAGGCAUUGGGGAAGCUGGAGAAGAUAGCAGAGGAGGGGUUGGCACCAGAUGUAAUCACGUACAAUACGUUGAUUGAUGCAUACUGUAAGGCUGGUAAUGUCGCAAAAGCAUUCACAUUGAUGGAUGAGAUGGUCGGAAAGGGGCUCAAAAUGGACACCUUCACACUUAACACCGUGCUGUACAACCUAUGCAAGAUGAAGCGUUAUGAAGAUGCUGAGGAGCUUUUGCAUUCACCCCCGCAGCGGGGUUUCGUGCCUGAUGAAGUCAGCUAUGGUACUGUAAUGGCUGCGUACUUCAAGGAGUAUAAUCCGGAGCCUGCUUUGCGUCUGUGGGACCAGAUGAUUGAGAGGAAGUUGAUACCAAGCAUUUCAACGUACAACACGUUGAUCAAGGGGCUUUGUAGGAUGGAGAGGCUGAAAGAAGCAAUUGACAAAUUAAAUGAGCUCGUGGAGAAGGGGUUGGUUCCUGAUGAAACCACAUAUAAUAUCAUCAUUCAUGCAUACUGCAAGGAAGGGGACCUAGAAAAUGCCUUUCGAUUCCACAACAAGAUGGUUGAGAAUUCCUUCAAGCCAGAUGUUGUUACCUGCAACACUUUGAUGAAUGGCCUUUGUCUGCAUGGGAAGCUAGAUAAAGCAUUGAAACUCUUUGAAUCAUGGGUGGAGAAGGGGAAGAAGGUUGAUGUUAUCACAUAUAAUACCCUAAUUCAAUCGAUGUGCAAAGUUGGGGAUGUUGAUACUGCUUUGCACUUCUUUGAUGACAUGGAGGUCAAGGGAUUGCAGCCUGAUGCAUUUACUUAUAAUGUUGUGUUAUCUGCACUAUCUGAAGCAGGAAGAUCAGAAGAAGCACAUAAUAUGCUACAUAAGUUAGCCGAUAGUGGAAAAUUAUCUCAAAGCUUUGCUUGUCCUCUGUUGAAGCCUUCUUCUGCGGAUGAAGCAGAUGUCAAGGAACAUGAGGGUAAACCUGAGGCAGAAUCCAGUGAAAAAGCACAAGACAAUGCUCUGGAGACAUACAUGGAACGCCUAAAUGGGCUAUGUACCGGUGGGCAAUUGAAAGAAGCUAAAGCCGUUUUGGAUGAGAUGAUGCAAAAGGGGAUGCCUGUUGACAGUUCAACAUAUAUAACUUUGAUGGAAGGGCUUAUCAAGAGACAGAAAAGGCAAACCCAUGCAGCUGGACAGUCCACACUAUAGAUUUUUGCUCCCGUGGGAUGCGGGCAUGUGACAUCAUUAGGGCUUUAGUCAUAAAUCUGGAAAACUCAAGUGCUUGGCUACCAGGAUUACCAUCAUGGACAAAAAAAAAAGAAGUCGGUUUAUACUCUACUGUUCUUCUGACUGUGUUAAGCCUGGUAUUUCUAAGGCUCAUCUCUCAACUAGCCACCUUGAUGAUCCUAGAGAAGUUGCCAGGACACUGCACUUCCCGAUAUUGUUCACCCAGAACCAUCUCAGGGCUUUAUUCUUUCAGAACCAUAUCAAGAUCUUAGUCAUUCAGAACCAUCUUAGGAUCUUAUUCAUACGGAAACAUCUCAGUGACUUGUUAAUUCAGAACCAUCUGAACAUAACCUCGAAGUUCAAUUGUUGCUGCCUCUGGAGCUCCUGGACGUGUUGUGCAAGCAUUCAUAAUGUAACAGGAGAGCCCUGGAGCUCAGGUCGUAGAACGUUUGGAACACUGUAACAUGGAAUGAAGAAGCUAUGAUGUUUUAGAAAACAUAUGAGAAGAGCUGGGAUGGUGGAGCAGCCUCCACAGAUCCGUUCUGUCAGGCAUCUUGGCUUACGGGUGAACUACACAGCGAUGGUCCACAUGUUGCCCCGCCAGAUAGAGCAGAUCCUGAAGAGUUUCCCACGUUUAAAAUCACUGAAAAUCCUGGUAAUACCAAUGAACAGCCAAUCUUAUCCAAAUCCAAUCAAUUGUUGCAUAAUUCUGAAUUUGCUGCUUAUUAAUUGCUUUGCACUGAUAUGUCUGAAUUCUGAUUUUUCUGGUUGAGUCGUGGUCUGAAUUCUGAAUUCGCUGUCAAUUCCUCUGCACAAAAGUGUGUGCAUUUUGAUUUUCUGACUGAGUUGUGGUCUGAAUUCUGAAUUUGCUGCUAAUUAGUGAUACUUCUGGAUUCUGAUUAUUCUGAUUGAGUUGUGGUCUGAAUUCUAAAUUUGCUGUCAAUUGCUCUGCACUAAUUUGUACUAUGCAUUUUGAUUUUCUGAUUGAGUUGUGUUGUGCCCUAUUUCAGAGAUGCGAUGACGUUACAGGCAUCUUGGCUUACGGGUGAACUACACAGCGAUGGCAUCAAUUUGCAGUUGACGUGAACAAUCGGAUAAAUAUGGAUUGGCUAUUUACUAUUGGGCAAGAAGUGUUUGGUGCUUUGCAUCCAACAGCCAUAUGAGGCUCAGUCUCUUGGAGGCUAGCAUUAUCCAAUCUGCUGCUUUGACUGCAUGGCGUGCUUUAUACGACAACUGCAGGUGAACGCGAUUCGACUUGUACCCCUGAUUUUGUCUGGCAUCUUGUUCCACCAGAUCGGCUGCAAUGCCUCCCGUCAAGGAGUUGAGGAAGAGCCACAGCAACACCCCCUAAGCCGGUUGCCCUGAUUGUGUCCCGUCCCUGCAAAGUGCUGGGUACCCAUUUUGCUGCUUCUUUUAGAAGAAAAUCGUUGUUUGGUUUAUAGUGUGUCCCCUUUGUUCCCCUUUAUUUCUUAUUGAUGAAUGGAACUCAUUGGAUUUAGUUUGGAUGCAACUGCUUGUCGAUAAUGAGGUAGCAAACUCUCCUGCAUCAAUACAUUGGCUCUCUAUGUGGACCUAAUGAGGUAGCAAACUCUCCUGCAUCAAUACAUUGGCUCUCUAUGUGGACCGUGCAUUUGUUUUACUUAGUACUUACGAGAUAUAUGUUGUUUUCUUUUUUAAGUUGAUCUUCCCAUUCUAUUACAGUAAAGUCCAAGUUCUUAAUUUCAAAUGAGAUGUGACCUUCUGCUCUGUUUUAUGGUUGCAUGUAUUUCAACUUUGUACCAAUGCAUGCUACUAAAUUUUUAUGCUUUUUCUAGCAGAAUAAAAUCCUAUAAACUGGUAAAUAAUUUAUGGGCUUCUUCUGCAUUAUAAUGGAAUGCCUAGGCUGUAAGGAAAUUAAGCACUUUCCAGUAUUUAGGCACACAUAUACGGAUUUUUAGAUUAAUAUAUCAAUCUUCCGUGUAUCUCUUAUUUAUUAACUUCUGCACAUCUCUACCCAAAGAUAUAUCAUAUAUCUCAUACAUUGACUAAUGUGAUCAUUGGUGUGUAAUGUGAUCAUUUUUGUCUACUUAAAGGAAGUCCAGGUUCAUUAUUCCAAAUUCAUUCUAGAACUACAGACCAAUGUUUCUGAAAGUAGUUUCAAAUUUAAGCUUCUUAAUGGCCCCUAGGGUGAUGGAGGUCACGGCUGAGGCACUCGCUCGGGAGGAGGUUUGCUGGUUAUAUUGAGUGAUGAUCCUGGACUCUGCUGCCGAGGUCGCUGCAAUGAUUGGCUCUACCGCUGAGGCCAAGAGGCAUCCACUCUGCCGCCCAGGCCGCUACACUGCCCCUGUAUGAUGGGCUGCGUUGCCUUGCUGACGACCACAAUGUUCCCAUUCUCUUAUUUAUGAAUCACCACCCUCAAGGCCAUUCUUCCACCCCCCCCCAGACCACAGAUUGAUAGCACCACCAUUACUAUGCUGAGACUGUGAGCAUGCACAGCUCUGAAGCCUUUUGUAUGACAAGGAUCAGGAGUUCAGGAUGCAAGUCCACCAUAUGGAUUGAAUUUGGUGGCCGUGUAAUUUCUGUGUCCUGCAAAGGACGUUGCUGGUUUCUUUACGGCUGCUAUGUUGCUACCUUUUCAGAGAAGGUAUUGCAAUCUAUAUUCGCAAGGCUUUAUCAGUUCAUAGGCGGUGCUAUUGCGUCUCUUAUUUCUCUACCAUGAGUGAAUAGAGGAUAUGGCUACUGUUGAUUGGAAAUAGAAGAUGAAGCUUUGAAGAUCUGUUCUCUAUGAACAGCUAAAAUUCUGUAAACAGUGCUUGUGGUGCAUCAUUCUAAAAAGAAAGGAAACGAAUGGUGAGUAUGAGCAGAAUUAUUAUUCCUGCACAUAACUUUGAACUCCAUGCCACUUCCAUCUACAUGACUAUCAGUUUUUGUAACUUGCAAGAAUCAAACUGGAGAAGGAAAAACAGAAGAAAGAUGGAACAACUGCAAAUCUGUGCACUACUACGACUAUAUAUGGAUUUGUUGUGUUUUUUUUGUGAUGUAUGUUGUAAUUGAUAUUGUGAAAUAUUUAUCGACUGUUUGUAUAAGAAAUCAAUAAUACAUGUGCAUGUAUUAGUUGUGUUUUAGCGUUUCAGAUCUCAGCGGGAUGAGUUGUUAACAGCCAUCUUGUUUAUUCUGAAAUUGAAAGGAAAAGAAAUUUCAAAUAUGAAGUAGUAGAGCCAAAAAAAAAGUA